UCCGCGUCUCGCGCUCUGGGAAAUAAUUUUAAACGUGUGAUUGGUUUUAUGUGCGGUCUAACCAGAGACGUGGUCCGUGCGUUGUGUAUUAAUCGUGCCCCACCUCAACUCAAAGCCUUGGCACGCGCUGGAAGAUGGAUCCACGGAAGCAGAUACGAGCAGUUGCAACGUGCCCGGUGUCGGCGGUCGGUAUACUACUGUCAGUAUGGAAAGUUUCAGCGGCUGUCCCCGCCCUGAAAACCGAGUUUGGUGUAGAGCCACUCUGGAAUAUAUGGAGGCGCCGGAGGACCAGUGGAAGGUGUCAUCCAGAUGACAGCCUCACAAUUCGCAGCCUUUGUGCUCUCCAUCAGAAACCCAUCAGGGGCAAGCCACUUAUGUUUGCCUUCAGACAAGACAACAUUGAAGCAAGAUUCCAGCACAGCCAUCUCCUGCACUUAUGGUCAAGAUGCUCAGACAAUGGAGUCCCUGUUCCUUGUGGUUAACCGUGAACAGUAUUCUCGCUUUUAUGAAAGCUAAAGGUGAUUUCCUGCAUAAAUUAGAAUUUUGCAGCUCAAAUGUAUACACUUUAUUUUAAUUUGAAUCAACUAAUAUAUGCUGUUUAAUACUUUUAUACUGUUUGGUAGAAUCAUUUCUUGUUGGAAAAUAUUAAGCAUGAUGUUUAACAUUUAUUUAUGCAUUACUGGCUGAUGCAUGAUGGCCUGUGUUUAAAAAAUGUGAACUCACUCAUUUGAAGCUUCAUUCAGAACCCAGAGUAUGGCUGAUUUAAUAAACAUUAUUUGCUCAUUUAUGUACAAGUCCUAAUCUUCCAUUAUCACACCAAGUACAAAUAAUUUAGAAAUUGGCAAUGUAUUAUCCGCAUGUGGCCAGUAGAGUACCUUAAUGAACAGUGGUUUGUUUUUAUAAGGCCGCCAUUGAUACGGCACUUCGCACCUAAACAGUAAUAAAUCUGGCAUAUUUAGGCUGUCUUGCAGUAGAAAAAAAAACAUUUUCAAGCAACAUAUUUUCUAA